AAGAGCCAAAGGUGUACAUAAAUGCGCCUCGGUCGGAAAAAAUAAGGUUUCAGAAUAACACGUCGGUCCAAUUUUUUAUUCACUUUCUCAUCUGCAAAGACUGCAGGAUAGAGCUCUGUCUAAGGGAUCACGUAGGAAUAGAUUAGCGCCGAUAGUAUUGCAGCUUGGUGGCGUCCUACCUCUUCGGCCUGAAAAAUACCGAAAAGUACUUGAUUUCAGCCUCAUAGUUGCAGCACGAUACAAGAUGCCAGCAUCGCCAAGAGCUACUUCUGCUCGCCCCGCCUCGUCUUCGUCAUCUCAACCAGCGCUCCCAGGCGAGGGUAAUGCAAAAGGAAAGCCCGCGUCUCGCGCCGAAGGAGUGCCUAAAAAUCUUGCCGUCUCGAGCCGCGAGCAGCAACACGAGUCGUCGCUCUGGUGGUACAGGGGAUUGAAACUGUAUCACAGGUAGAAAAAGCGUAUUGUUGUAAAAGCAACUGCUCUAGUACCUCAGCACUGACCAUUCCAGGUUAUUACAGGUCCAUUUCUUGUAAGUGGUGGUGUGCAAGUGGUUGUAGGUGCAACCAAUACGACGGCAUUAUGCCGUCAUAAUGUUCUUGUGCCACAAGUCAAAGGGACAACAAGUUAACAUCAGCUGUGGUGACACAGAAACCGUGAAAAAGAAAAAGUUUCAGGUAACCAAAAAGCGAAUGGAAAAAGAUAAGCACGACGUCGAAGGGUCCAUUCAUUGGCAAUGGGAGACUUCGACAGCCAUAUAGAUUCGGAAUAGAUUCCAAAUAGAUUUGAAAUAGAUGGUUUCUGUUUUCCGAAAAAGCGUCUGCAGUUCUGCGGCACGCGAUCGAACGGAGAAUAAAAACAGUCACCGAAGUCGCGAGCUGGGCGAAAAAUGAGAACAAUUCUGACCAAAAUUUCCCGGGCCGAUGAGAAGUGGCCACAAGGUGCCUGCCCUAGCCCGAGAAAGUGGCCAGGUGAAGGGGGUAAUCUUGCAGCGCAAGCGCCGCGCUAUGCUUUUAGUUGGGCCUAGACUCUCGGACCAAGUAAGAGCAUACCCUGGCGCCUGGGAAAAAGAUUGCUCUGGCCCGCAAAAGUUGGCACAGGCGCCACGGCAUUCUUUUGCCGGGGCUGCCAGGUUUUAAGGCCAGGCACUGUCACAGCGGUGCGCUUGUGAUGCGAAAUUCUCCUGGCCCGAGAAAGUGGCCAGAUCGAUGAUGGGGGAGCGUGGUGUUUCUGAUGCGAAAAUGUUCUGGCCCGGGAAAGUGGCCAGAUAAGGGGGGGCGAUCUUGAAGUACAAGCAGCACGCUGUGCUCUUACCUGGGCCUCCAGACUUUGAGGCUCGGUAAGAGCAUAGCAUUGCGAUCGGAAGGAAAAAGACCGCAUCGGCCCAAAAAAAGUUGGCCCAAACACCACGGCACUCUUUUACCUGGCCUGGCAAAUUUUUUUUUGGGCCAGGUGGGAAAAAGAUAAGCACGACAUCAAAGGGUCCAUUCAUUCUGUUGCAACAUCAGCAAGUCAGAGAUGUUAUUGACACGCUUUUUUUCCGGAUACGACUCUUGCGGUGGUUUCCGUUUUCGUCGCCAUCGCGGUGCAGUACUUCGUAUGCAAUUCAGAUUCGGUCUUGUUUGCUAGGGUCUGCGGAGAAUUGAAUGAGAAAUGAUUUACAUGAUUUUGUUUUGCAUCCAUAUGUCUUUUCACAGUCUUAGGCCCCUCACAGACAGAGAUUGUACAGAGCCGUAUUCCUGUGAUUACUCUACAACUACGUAGACCCACGACCAGACACAACUGUUGUUUGCAGUCACUUAUACUCUUCCCCGUCGCAGCUGCACCUACCCCCGGAUCACCAAACACCGGAGGAACAGAAGGACGUUACCCCGCUUGCCGGAGAUGCAGAUGCCAUGGGAAGUCGAACCGCGAACGCUACCAUCAGUGGCGGUGUCGCGCGCGGGGAUAAGGAUUCGUCCAGAAGCGAGAGCAAAACUCACACAUCUUCCUCAGGAUUGGAGGCAGGAGCUGAGGACACUUCUAACCAAUCAGCCACGUCAGAACACCUCAACAAAAACGCCGAAACAAGCCUCGAGGCGGGCGGGCACGAGAACAUGAUAGAGAAAAAUGAAAACGAGCUAUUUAGGACGUACGAGUCACAAGCACCACCUGAGUCAUCUACUACGACAGGCGGAAACAAGAAAACCACUGCAGUGCCUACGUCCUUCCGGUUUGCGGACAUCCAGGAAGUGGAGUUUUCGGAGUACAAAGACGGUUGGAAGAGUGAAACGCUUCUGGAACUGCUUGGUAGCCACGUGAAGGCCCGCGUUCCGUUGAUCCUGCGGAACGUCGGGGUGCCGCGGGGCGUGGAGUCGCUGGACGCAAUCGUGGAGGGCGUGGAGCUAUCAAAUGCAAAUAUGUCUGGGUCUGGGAGAUUGCAAGAUUUGUGAUGCUGGAUUGCAAUGCCCCAUGAGGUCUGAAAUGCAGGGCUUCGCAUGACAGAUUCUGUGAGGUCUUUAUCGUGCCUAUUGUGCUGCAUGAGAAACUCCCCCUCAACUUGGUCAAAAGUGCAUGGCUUUUGGCAAUCACGCAACACAAAUUUUUUCAUGCUUGAGAUUUAGCAUGACAAGUUCCACUCUUUCCAGACCCAGACAUUUUUGCAACGCACAGGAGCAGGAGGACCAGCGCAUGCGAGCGGAGGAGAAGCGGCGAGGGGAGACGCCUGGCGACAUGAAGGGCGUCGUCAGCUCGAAUCGCGAAAAAGGAAAAGACAAGCUAACUGCGUCGUACGAGGAUCUCCCCGCGGAGGACUGUAUGAAAUGCAAAAAUGUCUGGGUCUGGAUGAGUACUUGCGAGGUUUGUCAUGCAUAUUUUCCAUGAGUCAUGAUGUCUGUGAUGCAUGCCUAGCAUCACAGAUUCUGAGCUUUCUGAUGCUCCUACCGCAUGAGAAAUGCCCUCUUUGCGUAGCAACAACUGGAACUCUUUUCCUGUUCAUGUACAGAUUUUAUGUAGAAUCCAAAGGCAGCAUCACAAGUUGCACCCUUCCAGACCCAGACAUUUUUACAUUUGAUAGGCUACCCGCCCGGGCAAAUGGAUGAGGAGGACGAGGAUGUUUCUGAAAACCUGUUGACCCUGUACGCGGUAUCCAGUGCUGCAGACAUCUGGGUCUGGAAGAAUGCAAGUUGUGAUGCUGCGUCUGGAUUUCAAAAAAAUCUGUAUUGCGUGAGCAGCAAAGGAAAUCUAAUUUUGGCUACGCAGAGAGGGCAUGCGUCAUGAUGCGGAAUAGCAAUAGGCAUCAAGAAGCCGAGCCCUCAAAAAACCUGUGAUGCUAGGCGGGCAUGCAUCACAGACAUCAUGGCUCAUGCAAAACGAGCAUGAUAAGUCUCAGAAUCUUCCAGACCCAGACAUAUUUGCAAUUGAUACGCGGCCCCCCACGAUUACUUUGAGAAAAAGUUUGGUAAGUUUGGCUCCGAACGGCGGUACGAGAACCUGUGCAACGGCAAGGGCCUUCCGUACGGCCGCUUUGAGGCGCCGAUCCGCAAUGAUCAGGUGUGGCUCGCGCUGAACGGGUCGAGCCCCCUGGAGCGGUGGGGCCCGGCGGUAUCCAAGAAAAAAACAUUGAAGGUGUAAGUUUUUUGGAGGAACAGCAUUACAAAUUUGUCUGGCAUGACAGCAAAAACCUGUCGCUGUCAUGCGCAGAUAGUACGUGAGAACGCCCUUUAAUGGACCCUACGACGCAUGCCAAGCAUGACAGACGCAAUCAUCUUGCAUGCUGCGCAUCACAAAUUUACACUAACAGCGUUUUUUUCUUGGAUAGGCGGUCCACCAGGACUACUGCGAGCACCUGCACCUUCAGGACGAGGAGGGCCUGCUGGACCGCCCGGCCGAUUUUCGCUGCACGAUGGGCCAGAUGCGCAAGUUGUUGAAGGUAAAGAAGAAAACGACGGCAGGAGCUUCUACGCCGACAAACGCGCAGGAGCAAGGACCACGGGCGGAAGUAGUGGCACAGCAAAGACGGGACCGCGGUAGUUACCAGCUGUACCUGCGGGAGGACUUGCUGGGAGAUCUCGCGGACUAUCCCGGCGCGAACUCCCCCGUGUUGCCGUAUCUCCACGACGCCAUUUUGAAAUCCCCGAGUACGCCACCGAUGGAAAUCCCACUCGACCCGGCGGGGCACGACACGAGCCUGCGCUACGAGUCCCGGGUGCUGCGGGGUGGGUCGCCAAACAGCCACGCGUUUGCGAACGUCGACUGCUAUUCGAACCUGCUGCUCAGCUACUUUGGGCGGAAGGACAUGUACCUGUUUGACGCCUUGCCAAUUGUUUCCACGCCCGAGCUAUGGAUUGCAAAUAUGUCUGGGUCUGGAAGAAUACAAACUUGUGAUGCGCAUUUCAGAAGACAGAAAAAUCUCUCAUGCAUGGGUCUCAAAAGCUGCCCACUUUCUGCGAGCAAAGUGGGGGAUUUGUAAUGCGAAUGCGGCAUCGCGGAAGCUUGAGCUUCUCGAAACCUGUGAUGCUAGAUCUUCCAUGCCAGACCUUCUGCGUCAUGCAAAAACAGCAUAUCUGCUCUCCCAGACCCAGUCAUAUUUGCACUCCAUACGAGCCGGCGCCGACCAGGAAGUGGGAAGCCGACGGUAAGAAUUCCUACUCGUCCAGCUUCGAAACCCUCUGGAAACUGCUGCGCAUCGGGGAAGAUCUCAUGUUGGACGCCGGCGCACCGGGCGCGGAAAUGGAGGCAAAUACUGCUGCGCCGUCUUCGACGUUGGUGAGUGGUCAGGACGAAGAUCAUGUUGACGCCGUUUUGUCAGGCAAGAAGAAGCAACAGCAGCAGAACCACAAGUCCGCACGGCAAACAGUCAUUGUGGACCGACUCCGGAAACGUUUCGCCGCUCUGAAUCUGACCAUCUCGAAAAUUUCGCUGGCCCCCGGCGACGCCGUGUUUAUUCCGGAACUUUGGUAAGUGGUGACGUCGCAUGUAGCUUUAUGUAUGAAAGUGAUGUCUAUUUGGGGAAGAUGAUGGUAAUCGAACUCAAAAUGAAUACGAACGUAUUUUUAGCGUUCCUUGAUGUAGUUCAGCAUGAGAACAAUCCGAGAAAACUGCCUUUUCACGACAAAUGGAAAUGACAAAAAUGACUCUAUCUCUGUAGGUACCAUGACGCGGCGAUGGUUGAUGCGGUGUUUGGCAUAUCCGAAAAAACAUUCAUCGUGAAACAGAAAGUUCGCACGGGUAGAAUAAGACGUAGUUUUCAAAAAUAACGAUAACCUCUUUAGAUGCUGGCAGUGCUAAGCCUAAGUACAACAGUGCCACUCGUUCUUGUGAAGAGCAACAGCAUGAGGACAAGGAAGUGCGUCUUUACUGCUGCCUUUGCAUCUUUGUUUUCAUCUGCACAACCAGAAUGCCAUGUCAACAUGCGACUUUUCUGCUAAACGAGGAACUUUUUUUCGUCCUUCCAUAGUGCAUGAAUGUCUUCUACAGCAGCAACGUCAAUGGUGGCGAAACGCUGUGCAAGUUCCUGAAGGGCUGUAUCGAGGGGGAAGGAAGGGCCUACGGCUCGGCACACGACCUGUGAAGGACGGGAGAAAAAGGAUUUUGCAUCACUUCUCGCCUACCUAGAGUAAGUACGCAAGCUAGUACUUCUUGUACUUGCGGGAUGGGUCCAUUUCUUGCAGAGGAACUGCUAACUACUCCAAGUCGAGUUGUUGAGCACUCUUUAGGAGCCUCCUCAUCUACUCGUCAGCGAUAUGGUUGGUGACCAGCCGGGUCGUAGUCUUUUUUCCUCCUUGACAGGCUACGGACCGGAAUCAUGCGGUGGCCGGGUGUCGGCCGCGCAGGCAGUUGUGGCGGCAAACAAAACAAUGACGUCGGGGGUGAACUGGAAAAUCCCGGUUAGCUACGCUUCGUUAUUCGACGACGGCGGGCAGCAGGCGUAGUAGCUGACACGCGGUCGCACGACGUGCUUGAUCUUUAGACUAGUCUGAAAAUGAAUCCCUGGUGAGAUGCUAAAUCCUAUUUUAUGCAGCAUCCACCUCAUCAUGGUCAUCAACAUGAUCGCGGCCAUGGCGAUACCGAUAGUGGAUUGUGGUUACAAAUACGAUGAAUGAUUUUUAAGCUUCAAAAAACGAAUUCUGUAUGUGGCGGUACCGGUAGGUCCGUGUCCUCGAAAUUAUUGUUUGAUAGCUACAGGCAGCGAUGUUAGGUUAUGUUGAAAUGGCGUACUCUCACAUGCACACCGAAGUACGAGUAGGACCAUCGUUAGGACCAGGACUGCCUGCUUUUCAAUUGCAACCAUCUCCGAUACUAGUAGAAUCUUUUCAACAACAUUCCAAAAAGUAAAUAAAAAGAGUCCACCUCCACGACACCAGUGAGUCUUCUUCUUUCUUCCCACACUGAAAAAAGAAGUUGGCGAUAAAAGAAAUCUAUCUUCAGAUGUGUGGGUCUUGCUGCCAUUCGUGGUGGCACGCCCAAGAGGCGAAAAAGCGCCUCUUCAUUGACGCGGGGUAAAACUUUCCUGUCUGCGAAAUAGCCCAUGGUAAAAUUUUUUGCAUUUUUCAUCGUAGAGUCUUUUUGUCGUUUCAAUUUUCUUUUCACCACUCUCUUUGAGUUUGAC